AGGAGCGAGGGAUCCAAUCCGGUUAAAGCUAGUUCUGGUACUGGUUGGACCUUAAAUACAACGUUAACACACUUUCCCUGGAGGUGUAGGGUUGAGGUGUACGUUUGACCCGGAGUGUUUCUAGUUUUAUCAGACGUAAAAGGUUGCAUUAUCUCUUUAGCUGUCUCGCCUAAAGAAAAGCAGAAUGGGAAGAAAAAAGGCAACUUCUGAUGCAGAUGCAGCUGCAGAGCCAAGACGAAAGUCCCAAAGGUUGUCAGAGAAAGAGACCCAGGAAAAGCCACAGCCAGAGAAGACAAAGGCCCCUCCGAAGACCAAGAAGGUAAAGGAGCCUGCAAAGGCCAAGGCAGAGGAGAAGAAAGAGGCCCAGGCAGAGAAAGAAGUUCCUGCAGAAAACGGAGAAGCCAAAGCUGAGGAGGCCACAGCAGCAGAUGAUCAGGCAGAUCAAAAGGAAGACGAGGCUGAAGAGGAGAAAGAGGCAGAGUAGUGGAGCUGAUUACCUGUACUCCUUUUUGUUAAAUGCAGAGAAUAUUUUUAUCAGCUAUUUUCUUAAGACGGCAUUGUUUUUAAGGAUGUGAUUGCAUUUUAAAAUACUUUAACAUCUGUUAACUUUCCAAGGCUUUUGUGAAGGGAACGUCUGUCAUUGGAUUGAUGGUUUUUUGUGGCAUCAUGCUUGUUUCAGGAGUGGGAGAGUAAUUAGAGGGACCCUAUCACCGGUACCAUUCUCAAUAUGCUGUGAGUGGGAUCGUGCUCUGGAAGUUGAGGCAUUAUUGUGUUUGUGAACUUUGGUGCACAGCCUUUCACUUUCAUGUUUGUUUUUUCCAUGAGAGAUGAAUGUUUUUAAUUUUCUGAUACCCCUGGUGCUUUUCUGGUACUUGUGGUACAGCAGUGAAAAAUGUUGAGACAUUACAGUUAGUUGUUUAUCCUGUUAGGAUGUCUUUGUGGUUUUGGGAUUUUCUCUUUUCAAAUGCAUUUAUGUUAUGGAUGGUAUAAAAUGCCAAUUAAAGGGGUUGUUUCUGUAAA